AUGGGCUCUAGCGAAGUGAACGUUCUUCGGUAUCUUUGCUCCAGAACCCAGGUGGACCUGGACAGCUUGGAUCUUGAAGCUGCUCAAAAUGGAGGCCCCGACGGCCCAUGGCACGAUGCAACCUCGAAUCCGGCCGAAGUGUUCUUUCAAAUCCAUGAUCCCAAGAAUGCUUCUAUUGUCGAGGAAGCCAUUGCUGUCAGUCAAAAGAUCCACGAUGUGUUUCCUGAGGUGACUAUAUCGGAGUUGAAAGUUGAAGUCGCUACCGUACUACUGGCUGUACGAGUUAUUCCCUUCAUCAAAGGUGCAGUGCACGUCAUGGCCAAUCCAAGUUAUGCGUUUUCCACCGCCAAAGUGGUUGCUACUGGACAUCGUUAUCACAGGCUGUUUCGGCUUGUUUCGCCCCAGAUCGACGUGUCUCGAGUUGUAAUGAAGGUUGCAGCCACCUUCGAAGGUCUUCAAGCCUGCCGUGAAUUAUCGACACACGGGAUCAAAACUCUGGCUACUACCGUCUUCACGAUGGAACAAGCAAUCCUUGCGGCAGAGGCUGGAUGCACCUCUAUCUCUCCCUUCGUCCAUGAGUUGAAAGCUGGCUUUGAUUCCACUUACAAAGACAGCAAUCCUCUCGUUGAUCUCUGUGUCAAGGCACAGCAGUACUACCAGCAACAUGGCCAUACCACGCGUGUCAAAGCGUGCAGCUGUAUGUCUAUUGACGAGAUCCUCCAGCUUAGCGGUGUUGCAGCCCAUACGCUUCCGCCAGAGGACCUCGAAAAAUUGGCAGCUAUGCAUGAAAGUGAAGCGCAGCUCGAAGCUCGGUCCUUGUUCAAGGAUGAAGCCUUGGCAACCUCAACUCAGCAGCCUCGUACGUAUAUCGAAGAUGAAGCUAAGUACCGGUUGGAGUUCGCUGCUACUGAUGGUGGAGACGGGCAGUUCAAACUUUUUCAAGCAAUCAGCAUUUUUGCGGACUUUCAGACAAAGGCAGAAUUGAAGAUGAGUGGGGUUGAUAUAGCAGCGUAG